UUUGAAAGACAUUCACUCCCACUCUCCCCCUCUCUUUCUUCCUCUGUCUCGCUCUAUAUUUCUGCAUCACGCUCUCGGUCGCAAAGCAGCCAAGCGGGAACACGCAGGAGCCGACACCUUGCCGGAAAUUCUGCGGCGCAUCAUGUUCUUGUCUUCUUCUGCCAUGCACGUGUGAGGGACACUUUACUGCGAGUGACAAGAAGGCUGUGAGAUUCAUCUACGUUGUCCAGUUUCAAGGUGAAGAGUCAUGGCCACAGGAGUUUUCAUGCGCUGCCUCCUCGUCAGCGCCUUACUCGGCUUCUCGGCCGCCGGUCUCGUGAAAAGGAUGCUCCGGCAUCGUCGGCAGAUCCCUCUGGAGCACAACGUCACCUUGCCCGGCGUGGACCACCAGCCUGUGGUUUUUAACCAUGUCUACAACAUCAACGUCCCAGCUGGCCACCUAUGCUCCGUUGACCUGGACGCCGCAGAGAGCAUAGCACCCUCAGAAACCGCCAUGACCUCCGACCACCACCUUUCUGCGGAAGGGGAGAGCCAGAUCAUCUUCACCCACCGCAUCAACAUCCCUCGCAGGGCGUGUGGCUGCGCCGCCGACCUGCCGCGUAUCCUAGACCUGAUGAGCCGUAUCGAGAUGCUGGAGGGUGAAGUGUCAGCGUUGAGGAGUCGGUGCGGGGGUGGUGAGGGAGUGUGUUGCACCGGACAGGCAAUGGGGAACGUGAGAACCAGGCCUUUGUGCGGCGGACAUGGAAACUAUAGCACGGAGACGUGCAGGUGCACAUGCGAGCCCGGCUGGAAGGGAGCCAACUGCACCGAGCUUGAGUGUCCCGAGGGUUUCACCGGGGAUGACUGCUCUCGGAGCAUCUGCCCUGAAAACUGCCGAGAUCACGGGCAUUGUGUUGGCGGCAAGUGUGUUUGCAAGGAGCCGUGGAUCGGUUUGGACUGCUCCGAACUGAUUUGCCCCAAAGACUGCUUUGGUCGUGGGCUCUGCGUAAAUGGAACCUGCCACUGUGAGCCCGGUUUCUCCGGGGAGGACUGCAAACAGCUCACCUGUCCCGCCGACUGCCACGGUAACGGCCUCUGUAUUGACGGCCGCUGCGCGUGCACGGCGGGUUACGGCGGCGACGACUGCUCCCUCCUCACCUGCCUCAACGACUGCAACGACAGAGGUGCCUGCUUCAACGGGAUGUGCAUCUGCGACGACGGGUAUCAAGGCGACGACUGCAGCCAGUUAGCGUGUCCGAACGACUGCAACGGCCGAGGCCAGUGCGUCAACGGGCAGUGCGCUUGCGACGUCGGCUUCCAAGGAGAAGACUGCAGCGAGAUUUCCUGCCCGAAUGAUUGCCUCCAGAAGGGACGCUGCAUCAAUGGGCAAUGCGUGUGCCAGGAGGGCUUUGCUGGCGAGGAUUGCAGUGUCAAGACGUGCCCCUCGAACUGCUACGGUCGUGGCGAGUGCAUCGAGGGCCGUUGCGAGUGCCACGCCGGCUUUACUGGGAAUGACUGCGCCCUGCUGAGCUGCCCAAACAAUUGCGAGAACCGCGGGCGCUGCCUCGACGGGCAGUGCGUGUGCGACGAAGGUUUUGCCGGUGAGGACUGCGGUCGGAAGGCGUGCCCAAAUGACUGCCUGGCUCGCGGCCACUGCGACGAUGGCGUGUGCGUCUGUCAGGAGGGCUACUCGGGCCACGACUGCUCUCGGCUCACCUGUCCGGAUAAGUGCAACAGCAGGGGGCAGUGCGUCAAGGGUAGGUGCGAGUGUGAGAGCGGGUAUGAAGGGGAGAGUUGCGCAGAACGGAGCUGCCUCAAUGGAUGCCACGACAGAGGACGCUGCGUUGACGGUCAGUGCCUCUGCGAUGAAGGUUACAUCAGAGACGACUGCUCUGAAGUGUCUCCUCCAAAGGAUCUCACUGUGGGUGAGGUCAGCACAGAGACGGUGGACUUAUCCUGGAUCAACGACAUGCUGGUGACCGAAUACCUCAUCACAUACGUGCCCACCCAGCCCGGCGGGCUGCUUUUGAACUUUACCGAGCCUGGAGAUCAAAAUACCGCCACCGUCAAAGAGCUGGAGCCGGGUUUAGAGUACGACAUCAAUGUGUAUGCAGUUCUGAGCAACAAGAGGAGCGUGCCUGUUAGCGCCAGGGUGGCCACAGCUCUUCCACAGCCAGAAGGUUUGAGAUUCAAGUCUGUGAGGGAGAACGCCGUCGAGGUUGUGUGGGAACAGCUGAACGUUCCUUUCGAUGGCUGGGAGAUCUACUUCCGUAACAUGAAAGAAGAAAAUGGAAAGGUGGUGAGCACAGUUCCCUCAUCUCAAAACCGCUUCGUCCAGUCAGGCCUCGGUCCAGGUCAGGAGUAUGAGGUGUCCAUCAGCGUAAUAAAAAACAACAGCAAAGGACCACCAGCGAUCCAACAAGUCACAACCAGCAUUGACCCCCCACGGCAGCUCCAGGUGCUGGAUGUGAGCGACUCCUCAGCACUGAUCAGCUGGUCUGAUCCCGUGGCAGAGACGGACCAGGUGACUCUAUUUUACAAGCCCAGCCAAGGCUCUUCCGAGGGCGCCAAAGUGGAGAUCUUCCCACUGGACAAGCAGCACAGCCUGGAGGGCCUGAAGCCCGACACUGAGUACACGGUGUCGCUUGUGGCUCGCAGCCGAGACGUCAGCAGCGAACCAGCUGCCAUCACUUUUACCACAGCACUGGAUGCUCCCAGGGAGCUGCUGGCCAUGCUGCAAACAGAAGACAGCAUCACGCUGAGGUGGCGCAACAGUCAGGCCGAUGUGGACAGCUAUCGUGUGAAAUACAGCCCGUUAUCUGGCGCGGCCCACGGCGAGGAAGUGUUACCACGAGGACCAGGAGAAACCACCAUGGCCACAAUUACAGGGCUGAAGGCAGGGACCGAGUACGGGAUUGGCGUGACCGGCGUGAAGAAUGAGCGGGAAAGCCUGCCAGCUACCAUAAACGCAGCGACCGACCUGGACCCUCCACGAGAUCUGGAGCAAACAGUGUCCACUGAGACAUCCAUCAGCAUUCGGUGGGAGAAGCCACACGCCAAGGUGUCGCGAUACCGGUUGGUGUAUGUUUCCAGAGACGGACAAGUCGAGGAGACGGUGAUCCCUGCCUCCGAGACUACAUUCGUUUUACCUGACCUGACUCCGGCGACAAGUUACACAGUAACGUUGACAGCAGAGCGAGGCCACAGGAUGAGCUCGCCGGUCACUCUGGCUGCAUCCACAGAGGCGGCGAGGCCCUCCGUGGCCAACCUCACCUUCUCUGACAUAACGUGGGAAGGCUUCACGGCCUCUUGGAGCCCCUUGGGCGGCGACUUUGACAGCUUUGUGGUGGAGGUAACAAACUUGGACAAUACGGCACAGAGCCAGAACCUGAGUGUGUCGGGCGGCGCACUCAGCCUGGGACUCUGGGGCCUGAACGCCAACACCAGCUACAUGGUGGGCCUGUACCCUCUCUACCGGGGCGCCUUCUUGGAGCCCGUGUACGCCGAAGCCACCACAGUCACGUUUCCGUGUCACCACCAUCGAGAGAGGCCGAUCACUCGCCGGCCCCUCGGAAGCGUCGAAGUGCAUGAAGCGCGUCAGCCGUCGCUCGGCCAACUUUCCGUGUCCAACGUGACGUCCGAAAGCUUCUCGGUGGUCUGGAACCACACUGAGGGCCGCUUGGACGGUUUUGUCCUGGAGAUUAUUGAUUCUAAUUGGCUGAUGGAGCCAAGGGAGUAUAACCUGUCCCGCCUUGUGACGGCACAGCAAGUGUCGGGGCUGCGGCCCAGCUCAGACUAUGUAGCCUACCUCUACGGGACGUACAAGGGAACCCGGACGAGCGCUGUCAGUGUUGUAGCAACCACAGCUGAAGAGCCAGAUUUGUCCCGGCUAGUUGUUGCUAACGUUACCUCAGACCGAGUGUCUCUGACGUGGCGGGCGGGCGACAAGGCAUUUGAUAACUUUGUAGUAGAAGUGAGAGAGUCUGCUUUGCCCUCGCAGGCGAUGGGUCAGGCCCUGCCAGGCCACGCGCGCUCCACAGUCAUGGCCGGCCUUAAAGCCCGUACACGCUACGACAUAAAGCUGUACGCCAGCGCCGGCGGCCACAACACGUUUCCGCUUUUCGCUGUCGCUACAACAGAGGACGCCCCCUUGUUAGGGCCCGUGACCGCUCAGUCUACCGGUCCGCAUAACCUCAGUGUGAGCUGGAGUAUCGCGUCCGGCCACUUUGAUGGCUUUGUUGUCCGAGUCGGUGACGCCGAGCAACAGUCUGAGCCGCAGGAGUUCAGUCUGCCCGGCCACGCUGCUAACGUUACCGUCGCCAACCUGAUGGAUGCCACGGGCUAUAAUGUGGAAGUUUACGGCUUUUCUCACGGCCGCCGCACUCCCUCCACGCUAGUCCACGCUGUCACAGCACCUUUGCCCAAAGUGGAAAACCUGACCGUUUCCAACGUCACCCCCUUCGGCUUCCGUGUGUCAUGGGGGGUGAAGCAGCGGCAGCCGCGGGACGAAUCGGCGCCCUCCGCAGGCGCUUUCAGCCACUUUAACGUAGUGGUGACCGACUCAGGCUGGCUUCUGGAGCCUCAGGAGUUCACGGUGCCCGGAAACCAGACCCACCUGGACGUGUGGGGGCUCAUCACCGGUAUAGGCUAUGAGGUCAGGCUGACGGGAGUGUCAAAGGCGGGGCUCCUCUCUCGGCCCCUCACCGCAGUGGCCGUCACAGAGGCGGAACCGGAGGUGGAGCAUCUCUUUGUCUCUGAUAUUACGGCCGACGGUUUCCGUGUGUCGUGGACGGCGGACGAAGACCUCUUUGACAGAUUUGUGAUCAAACUACGGGACAGCAAAAGAUUAUCCCGUCCUCAGGAGCACAGUGUUCACGGCGGCGAGCGAACCAGGCUAAUCACUGGACUCGUGGCAGGCACCGAGUAUGAAAUUGAACUUUACGGCCUUUCGUUGGACCACCGCUCCCAACCGAUCUUUGGGGUUGCUCAGACAGGCCUGACAACUCCAAAGGGCCUUCGUUUCUCUGACGUGACAGACUUGUCAGCUGUGGUCCACUGGUCCAUGCCUCAGUCUGCAGUCGACAACUAUCACAUCACCUACAUGCCAUUUGAGGGAGGAAGCCAGAUGAGCGUAACUGUGGACGGCAACGUGCUGCAAGCUUUGCUGCCCAACAUGAGUCCUGGCAGGACGUACCAGGUGACUGUCAGUGCCGUGAAGGGUCUUGAGGAGAGUGACCCCAGCGGUGAUGUCGUAACCACUGCUUUGGACAGACCUCAGGAUCUGACCACGAUUAACGUCACGGACGGCUCCGCUCUGUUGCGAUGGAAACCAUCCGUGGCCACGGUGGACGGAUACGUGAUAACGUAUAGUUCUGAGUCAGUGUCCCCGACCGUGGAGCGUGUUUCCGAAACCGAGUUGGAGAUUGGCUCGUUGCUUCCAGGAACGCUCUACACCGUGGAGCUCGUCGCCACCAGAGAGGCGCAGAUGAGCGCCUCUGUCUUGACAGAAUUUACCACCAAGGUGGACUCCCCACGAGAUCUGGUGGCCAUCAACAUUGAAACGGACAGCGCCACCGUGACAUGGAGACCCCCACAGGCCGCCGUCAGCGGUUACUCCCUGACCUUCUCCGUGGCGGAUGGCAUGACCCGGGAGGUCAUGCUGAGUCCGACCGCCACCUCCUACAACAUGGCCCAGCUGGCCGGCUCCACAGAGUACACAGUCCGACUGCAAGCCGUCGCCGGAGCUGAGAGAAGUCGCCACGUAACCGCCGUCUUUAGUACAGUGGGCCAGUUGCACAAGUACCCAAAAGACUGUGCACAGAUCUUCCUGAAUGGCGAGCGCGCGACGGGCGUGUACAACGUCUACGUGGGCGGCGUGGAGAGCCAAGUCAUCCAGGUCUCCUGUGACAUGGACACGGAUGGCGGAGGAUGGAUGGUCUUCUUGAGACGGCAAAACGGGAAGUUAGAGUUCUUCAGGAAUUGGAAGAACUACACUGCUGGUUUCGGUAACGUGAACGACGAGUUCUGGCUGGGUCUCAGCAACCUCCACAAGAUCACAUCUGCUGGCCAGUACGUGCUGCGCGUGGACCUGAGGGACAGCGGAGAAUCCGCCUACGCUCAGUACGACAAGUUCUCCAUUGCAGAGCCCAGAACGCGCUAUAAGAUUUACAUUGGGGCUUACAGCGGGACGGCAGGCGACUCCAUGACGUACCACCAGGGCCGUCCCUUCUCCACCUUCGACAACGACAACGACAUCGCCGUCACCAACUGCGCUCUGUCCUACAAGGGAGCCUUCUGGUACAAAAACUGCCAUCGUGUCAACUUGAUGGGAAAAUACGGAGACAAGAGUCACAGUAAGGGCGUCAACUGGUUCCACUGGAAGGGCCACGAGACCUCCAUCGAGUUUGCGGAGAUGAAACUCCGACCGACCGACUUCGGGAAUCCAGAGAGCAGGAAGAAAAGAUCGUAGGGUCCGACGUGAAAACUUCCUCUCCUCCAGAUAUUCACCACAAAAAAAAAAACCACACAAGUCGCGUGGGCCCAAUCCUCCAGGGACAAACGUUAAUUCUACAUGAUCCAUUUGGUCAAAGGCACAUCAUCCGCAACAUCGUCAGUGGCAUGUUGCAUAUGUUGAAAUAUGAAGAUGAACUCUCCAUAAGUCGUUAUUAAAUUGAGUUUUUUUUAUGUAGUAGGAGUUGUAAAAUUUCAGCGCAAAUUAAAAUGUUGGUUUGAUUUGGAAAAAAAGAAAAGAAAUGUGCAUGUCGUUUCCGCUGACAGCCAGCAGGUGGCAGUGUUGACCAGUUGCGGGCAGGGCUUCAUUUCAUCAGCUUCAGUACUUUUUGCAUAAAAACGUCAUGAGGUCUGUUUACAAGUCAUUAAAUUGUGAACAAAAAAAAACAGUGUCCACAUAAUGUACAGUUUAGUUUGCACACAAAAAGUAUAAGAAAUAGAUCACCAACCAGAAAUGUAUUGCUUUCCUCACCAUUAUUUUGGAAAAUUCAGUGGCAGUUUAGUGUACCCUUCGCAGACCUUUUGUGUACACCUUGUUAAGACUUUGGGACCCUUUGUGGACUUAUGGUGUACGCUUUGUGGAACCUUUGUGUCCACUUUCUGUGCCCUUUGUUGACACUAAUGGACCCUUCGUUGACAAUUUCUGUUGAUGCUUUGGUGGACCCUUUGUGUACACUGUAUGGAACAUUUGUGCACCCUUUGUUGACACUUUGUGGAGUCUGCGGCGCCGUUGUGCCGCUCACGUCCACACGCCGGUUGAGCUGCGUGAGAUAUAGACGGCGUAGAUGAGGUUGCAUUUGGCGAUUAAGCUCACAAAUAAAAUAGAAAACACUUUGCGGAAAACCUGUUUGCGCGGCCUCGCUCAAACAUGCCAAGCAGCAUUCAACAUUUUUUGUGUGUGUGCGUGCGCGCGCGCGCGUGUGUUCUACUCUUUCUAGGAAUCGUUGUGCCGAGAGCUGGCGUGCUAUAUUUGAAUCGACAGGCCCUCUCGCACACAUCAAUCUUCACACAUUCUCGCAAGGCCGAUUGCGCACACGUUAUUGCACAAUAUAGCGAACCUCCGUUUAGUGCCGCUAGCCUGCAAGCUUGAAACACAUUUCAAUGCAUGAAAAUAAACUUCUUAACGUACGCUAGUGGCUGUUGUCACUCUCGCUCGCACAAUCCUCCAAAUAAGAUGCAAAGUGCCCUUGCUUCAAGCUGUUUAUUGUAAAAUAACGAAAGUUCACUAACUUAAUGCUAACAUCGAGACAGGCUAAUGGAAAUGAGCGUUGAUGUUACAUAAUUAUAAACGUUCGAAGAACUGCCACGUUAAAGUCCCCGUAAGAUGAAAAUAAAUGUCUUCUAGAUUUGACACAUCAACACCACAGAAAAGAAUUUUGGCAAAUUUGAAUCAAAAUCAUGAAAAAUCCCGCUAUGGUCUCCGCUCUCCAACAAUGUGGGCGUGUCUGCUGACUGCGUGAAAAAAUGGAUGCUACUUUGUUUAGCAUCUUUCUGGAGCCUACAAAUCUUUCCAUUUGCCACCGGGUCAUCACGGGGAUUUCCACGCCGCAACCAGAGGCGCUAGCCACAAGCUAACUCGCGACCUAACACUCUCCUCUUGGCCGGCGGACGAGCGCAGGGCUCACACAUGCCGUCACCUCCUCGCGUGGAAAUUGAAAUAACGACACCGAGCUGUUGUGUCAACUGUGGCAUCCAGCUUCGACUAUAUCUCAUGCCACUUGCAUUUUUUUAAUACCCAAAGAGGGAAAAAUCGAUUUCAUUGAUUCGCAGACCAUAUCGCGCAGCCCUACAUGGAGUUUUUUUGAUUUAUUUUUUUCUUAAGGCUGAGAGCAUUACGACAUUUCAUCAGCCUGUAUGUGGAGUUGUACCUAAAGAGACCUAAGAGGAUUGCGUGUACGCGUGAGUGUGUUUGUUUAGCGCAUGUUGAAGCACACGUAUGAGCCGGGUCAAGGGAUCACGACCCCGAUUUCUUUACCUCAUCGCACCGCCAUCUGUGUGCAAAGCUGCUUACAGCCGCAAACUAUAUACGCGCCACUCAUCCAGUCAGCUUCACCAAACCUCACCCCACCCACUCGCUAACCAAAACAGCAGCACCUACAUGGAGUCUUACUGGCGCAAACCAGAGCGAAGAUUGAAGAUUACCGACAAUCCCGGCCAGCGGCAUAAACGAGCCCGGCCUGACCUGAUGGCGGAUUAGGGCCUCAUUCGCAGGAGCGUCGGGUCUAUUUUGGGUUUGGACGGGAUCAAACGGGAUUACGCUGACAAUGACUCGCCGGGCCAUUGCUUUCAGAUUCGCAUGAAAAUCCAACAAGCGGUGUCGGGAUGGCUAAACUGUUAUUCGCACGAUUGGCCUUUUUUUUUUUUUUUUUUUUCAUACGCGCUGUGGUUUAUUUUUUGAGCAGGCUAGUCAAAUCAGUGACGACAUGCUGGCAUUUGCUCUUUGAAAGGCUUUAGCUGCUAGCACCGUUAGCACCUGUUGCUGUGUUUGUUGUGUUGAAGCGAGAUGCUUACAACAAUGCGAACUGUGUUGUUUGAGAGGGGAAAUCCAUCCAUCCAUCCAUUUUCUGAGCCGCUUCUCCUCACUAGGGUCGCGGGCGUGCUGGAGCCUAUCCCAGCUGUCAUCGGGCAGGAGGCGGGGUACACCCUGAACUGGUUGCCAGUCAAUCGUAGGGCACAUACAAACAAACAACCAUUCGCACUCACAUUCACACCUACGGGCAAUUUAGAGUCCCCAAUUAAUGCAUGUUUUUGGGAUGUGGGAGGAAACCGGAGUGCCCGGAGAAAACCCACGCAGGCACGGGGAGAACAUGCAAACUCCACACAGGCGGGGACGGGGAUUGAACCCCGCACCUCAGAACUGUGAGGCUGACGCUCUAACCAGUCGGCCACCGUGCCGCUGAGAGGGGAAAUAUUUACAAAAAUAUUGGUGAGGGGGGAAAUACAAAUAUUACAAAAACUAUAAAAACAAACAAAAGAAAAACAUAAAAGUAAAGUGAAUUACAAAAACAUUAGGAAAACAAAAAUAUCCUAAAAACUAAAAUAUUGGGACAAAUUAACAAAUAAUACAAAAAUGAAAAAAAAUAAAUAAAUUACAUGACAAAAAAAAAUGGGAAAAAAAUACACAAAUAUUAUAUGCAACAAUUCAAAUGAUAUGAUUAUAUUAUUCUUCCACGUUUCGCAUUUUCUCCUGGCCCAAGCAGACGAGUGUUUUUGAUGGAUUCAAAAUAAAUGAGCUUGUAUUUAUAUUGCA